AUGCCGAAGGAGGAAUUCUUUUCGAAAUACAUGCAUGUCGACGAUGAUGUCGAACUACCCACCGUCGCCAAAGACCACUUCAAAGGAGUCCCUAAGGGUUGUAAGGAAGUCGAGAUGUACGAGCCUCUGAUUCAGCUCAUUCAGGAUGCAAAUCUUGGGGGGUCGUUUGACUUCAUCAACACGUCAGCAUAUGCAGAUCCCAACUCCCUCCCGUAUAAGAAGUUCCAACCAGUUAUCUCUACUCACUCCAAAGAGGGGGACGGAGAUGGGGAUUCGGAUGAGGACAAAAAGACAGUGUUUUGGAGGCCGCAAUUACCUUUCGAGCUCAAGACCGGCAAGCUUUCCCCCUUCUCAGACCCAUCCAAGGACAGCACCGCCGAAGAACGUUUGCGACAUCCUUUCGAGAACCCUUCCGAAUCUGCGCGUGAUCUCCGCGGUCAAAUGGCCACUACUCUCGCGGAGAUGUGUGCUCGCCAGUUCCGGACGCAUGCCUUCAUGGUAUUCAUGAACGAGACAGAAGUUCGAUUCCUCCGCACCGACCGAACUGCGACAGUUGUCACUAAAGCCUACAACUAUCGCACCAACUCCGACGUAUUGGCCGAGUUCCUUGCACGUUUCUCGCACAUCACGGAUGCCCAACGGGGUAUGGACGAGUCAGUGAGGUCAGCCACUUCUGAAGAAAUCGAGGUAGCACAAGCCUAUCUCCGGCAUUAUCAGCAGACACCUCGAAGAUUCCUUCCUUGGGUUGCCAUUCAGGUGCCCACUCUGGAUGGUUCAGUUCGCGAGGUUAUUGCACGCGAACCGCUGUCGGAGCCGGAUUCUUUAACUGGACGAUCGACGCGCGCCUUUCCUGUGUACGAUCUAAAAGAAAAGAAGGUCAUGUUCCUCAAAGAUACAUGGCGGGCAGAUUUACCUGGGAUGGACCAGGAAACUGAUCUUCUUCGACUCCUCAAUGAGGCGGGAGUACAACAUGUCCCCAAGUUGGUCGAUGGCGGCGAUGUUGUUGGGGUUGGGGAAUAUCACACUACUCAUUCCCACCUGUCGGAGAAUGCGACAUGGAGAGCUGGUCCUCUCGCUGAACUGGUUCCUCGUGCACACCAUCGAUUCCUUGAAGAUUUUAUGGGCAUUGAACUCAAGCGCUUCAAAAACCCCAGAGAGUUGAUACAGGGGGUUGCUGAUGCCUUCGAGGCGCAUCGUCAAGCUCUUUAUAAAUGCGGAAUUCUUCAUCGUGACGUUAGUGUCAAGAACGUCAUGCUCGAUCGAGGCGGUCGGGGAGUGCUCAACGACUGGGACAUGGCCAAGAAGGUGGGCAUACCUGGCGAGCCACUCCCUCCCGCUCCCCCAGAGACGCCAAAGAGGCACUGUUAUCGCACUGGGACAUGGUAUUUUAUGGCUGCCGGUCUUCUCGGAGAUCCCCUUAAGUUUCACACCCUCCAAGAUGACAUCGAGUCUUUCUUCUGGGUUGUGUUCUACUAUAGCCUACACUUCCUGCCGAAUUCCCUUUCUGAUGCCCGGAUAGAGGCGAUCAUCAAGAUUGUUUUCCAGCAAUCGAUCUACGAUCCCGAGCUUCGUCAAUUCACUGGUGGGGAGGGAAAGCUUAAGUUGAUCAUGUCCCGAAAAUACAUACAGGACCUCGAGUUCCCUGGCAAUGCACCGUUGUCGCAAUGGUUUGACGACGCUCUUCAAUACCUCGACGAAUACUACCGUUGGGAGGACGAGCGGAGCCGUAACGAGCGUCUCUGCAAAGCCGCGGCGGCCAAAGGGACGACGGCCAAGCUACCUGCUCUUCCUCCCUUUGAGAGCCUUGCACUGGCGGAUCACUCGUCGUUCCAGCUUCUUUUCGAGUCGGCUCUUGCGAAACCCGACUGGCCAACUACACGCAUCGGUGUGCUUCCUGCCUCGCCAUCAGCAAGGGGUACUCGAAAUGCCUCCAAACGCGGGACGCAAGAUGACCUCCCUGAAACACCCUCGAAAAGGCCGAGGGCAUCUGGUGUCCAAUUCAAAACCUUUGCCAAAUCGAUACCAUAG